CGCUUCUCAGUGGGAGUGGAGCGCAACCAAGCGACUGUAUGAAGUUUCCUGAUGUCAGACUGAAGGGAAAGCACGUUUUUGCUGUUUGUUUUUCUUUUCAAUACAUAAGCUUAUUUUUUUUAUAGAAAUGCAAAUAUAAUCGUCGUUUGUAGCGGACCAAGAUCAGCACCACGUUAACAGAAAUGGAUCUACCUGGGUGUUGUACGUGCCUUUCUAUUUACAGAAUAAUACAAAAAAGAAAAAAAAGAUCAGUAAUGAAAAAUAAUAAAGCUUCUCUUCUUUGCACUUUGCCUCUGGAUAUUGCGUUGAAAGGGAAGCCAGAACUUUAUUUAUUUUAAGGAUGCACGUUGCAGCGCUUAAUUUCUACCUCAUAUUCCUGGGGAAUUUUUAUUUUUAACGUGUAUUUUGAGCCAACGUGGAAGCAGAGACGGUAGUUUGAGAUAAAUAUAAAAUGAUUAAUUUCCCAGAUGUUUUUUGCCGUUAUUGUGCACCCCGAGGAGAGAGAAGUGCAUAACUUUAGUGGAUCUCAAAUAUUUAGAAAAGAUCACGACGCUGCUCUGCAGGGGCCACGGAGAGUGGAGGGGAAAGAGGAAACCUACGUUUUUCAUGUGAAUCUGGAUUUUUUUUGUUGCUGACAGUAAUGAGGGGGUUAUGUUUUGGGGGUGCGUUCGGCAGGUUUUGGCUGCUCCUUGUACUUGCUCCCGGCAUCUUACUGUUCUUCUGGUUUCCCGGAUUUCUGUCACAUCCACAACCCUGCCAGAUUUUAAAGAGUAUUGGGCACACGGUGCGGGUCGGGGCCGUGCACCUUCGGCCCCGUGUCUUUAACCUGAACGACAUUGGGGUGGACGACGACACCGGGGAAAGACAUCUUGAAGAGGGGACGCUGAGCGCAAAGCAGAAAGAGUUUGAAAUGAACUGUAAAAGUGAAAACGUGUAUGGGUCACAGAGCAUGAAGACUAAAAGCCCAGUAAACAACCAGCACAAGGGAUCGAAAAGUCGAUUUGGGAUUAAAAGUGUUGACAGUGAAACCAGCUUUUUUGAACCCAAAGAAUCUCUUUUAAAUGCGGUUGAGAAACUCAGUCGAAUGGUGGGUCUUUUACCAUAUAACUUGUCUUUGGAGGUGGUGAUGGCCGUGGAAGCGGGUCUUGGGGAGUUACCCGCUUUUUCUUUCUCUUCCCCGUCUUCUUCAGUUUGUGCUGAUCCGGUGUCUUUCCUGCAAAGUGUGUGUCACACUGUCGUAGUUCAAGGUGUAUCUGCUAUGCUUGCCUUUCCACAAAAUAAGGGGGAGCUUUUGGAGUUGGAAUUUAUAUCAUCCGCUCUAGAGAUCCCCGUAAUCAGCAUUGUUAAAAGGAUGUAUACAAGAAAAAGUGAGAAUCCUCUUCAUCUUCAGAUGGCUUUGCAGAAUCCUCCUGUUCCCCAGGCAGAUAUAGUGUUUUCCCUUCUUUCCAUGAACAACUGGUAUGAUGUCAGCUUGGUUUUGUGCAAAGAGUGGAAUAUCUCUGACUUUAUUUUCUUAUUGCAAAACCAUACCAAAUUUCACAUGGGAUCUAUAAUCAAUAUCUCGUCAAAUGGCACUUUGAAAAGUGAUGUUCAGGCUUCUUUGCAGGGAUACCUGGAGUCCCUCAAGGAGUCAGCAUCAACAGUGGUUACAUUUGGAUGCGAUAUCAGGGAUAUCAAGAGGAUCUUUAAUAUUGUUACAAAAUAUGGGCUGGCACUUCCAGAAUAUCACUGGAUUUUAGGGGACACACAGAAUGUUGAAGAGCUCAGAACUGAGGGACUACCAAUGGGUCUACUGGCACAUGGCAAAACUACAGAGCCUGCUCUUGACCACUAUGUGCAAGAUGCUUUAGAGCUGGUAGCAAGAGCUGUGGGAACAGCUACUUACAUAAAGCCAGAACUUGCUUUGAUCCCCAGCACUACAAACUGCAUGGAUCUAGAGAGAAGAAACUUAACCUCAGGGAAAUAUCUCUCCAGAUUUUUGGCAAACACCACUUUUGAUGGUCUAAGUGGCUACAUCAAAUUGCAGGAAGAUUCAGUGAUUAUCUCUGAGAGCCACUACUUCAUUUGGAACCUGCAGCAUGAUCCCAUAGGAAACCCAAUGUGGACACGACUGGGGAGCUGGAAGGAUGGGAAAGUGGUGAUGGACUAUGGGAUAUGGCCAAAUAGAAAGCAUUUCCAACGAGGAGGGGAGUGGAGGCACUCUUCCCGUCUUCACUUCAGGGUGGUUACACUCGUGGAGCACCCUUUCGUGUUUACCCGGGAAGUGGAUGAAGAUGGGAAGUGCCCAGCAGGACAACUGUGCCUGGAUCCCCUCACCAAUGAUACAGCUGUACUGGAGAACCUUUUUGAGAGCCUUCAGGGUGCAAAUGACACUGUUCCCAUUGAGUUCAAAAAGUGCUGCUACGGUUACUGUAUUGAUCUCCUUGAGAAGCUAGCAGAAGAUGUUGGUUUUCAUUUUGACCUCUACAUUGUUGGUGAUGGGAAAUAUGGUGCAUAUAAGAAUGGCCGUUGGACGGGACUAGUGGGGGACCUGAUAAGUGGGGCUGCAAAUAUGGCUGUCACUUCUUUUAGCAUCAACUCUGCCCGUAGCCAAAUAAUAGAUUUUACCAGCCCUUUCUUUUCCACCAGCUUGGGUAUUCUGGUGAGGACAAGAGAUACAGCAGCACCCAUAGGGGCUUUUAUGUGGCCUUUGCACUGGAGCAUGUGGUUGGGGAUAUUUGUAUCCCUGCAUGUCACUGCCAUAUUUCUCACUCUUUAUGAAUGGAAGAGCCCCUUUGGCAUGACUCCUAAAGGCCGGAACAGAAAGAAGGUAUUUUCCUUCUCAUCGGCCCUUAAUGUCUGUUAUGCCAUCUUGUUUGGAAGGACAGCUGCCAUCAAGCCACCAAAGUGUUGGACGGGUAGAUUCCUAAUGAACCUCUGGGCGAUAUUUUGCUUGUUUUGUUUAUCCACAUACACAGCUAAUCUAGCUGCUGUAAUGGUGGGUGAGAAAACAUAUGAAGAACUCUCAGGAAUACAUGAUCCCAAGCUUCACCAUCCUUCCCAGGGCUUUCGUUUUGGAACUGUUCGCGAAAGCAGUGCUGAGGAUUAUGUUAAAAAAAGCUUUCCAGAGAUGCAUGAAUACAUGAGAAGAUACAAUGUACCAGCAACACCUGAUGGAGUGGAUCAUUUAAAGAACGAUCCACAAAAACUUGAUGCUUUUAUUAUGGACAAAGCACUCUUAGAUUAUGAAGUUUCAAUAGAUGCGGACUGCAAGCUUCUUACAGUUGGAAAACCAUUUGCCAUUGAAGGGUAUGGAAUUGGCCUACCGCAAAAUUCGCCACUCACCUCAAAUAUUUCAGAAUUGAUCAGUCAGUACAAAUCAGAUGGCUUUAUGGACAUGCUACAUGACAAAUGGUACAAAGUUGUACCUUGUGGCAAAAGAAGUUUUGCUGUCACAGAGACUUUACAGAUGGGAAUCAAGCACUUCUCAGGUUUAUUUGUCAUGCUAUGUGUUGGAGUUGCUUUGUCUCUUCUAACAACAUUAGCUGAGCACAUAGUCUACCGACUGGCGAUUCCAAGAAUUAAAAAAACGUCAAAGUUGAAGUACUGGCUCCACACUAGUCAGAGAUUACAUCGUGCGCUUAACUCAUCCUUCAGCGAAGACAAAUUCCAGAUGGUGACUAAGCUGGAGAAAAGAUGCAAUGUUGGAAAUAAUCAGCAAGCAGUGUGGAACACCUCUGGGAACUCAAACUGCAACAGGAGAAAGUUCCCCAUUCGAGAAAACAGGCAAAAUGACCUGGAGUUCACACAGUGUAAAGACAUUUCUCUCCCACAGGUUAGGAGAGAGAUCCCAAUGUCAGCCUCAAAUGGCAAAACAGAUUCAUUGAGUCUUGUAAGGAACUCGGUGAUUCAGGAAUUGACAGAGCUGGAGAAGCAAAUCCAGCUGAUUAAACAAGAGUUGCAACUUGCCAUGAAAAGGAAAAAAGAACUAGAGGAAUACCAGCGAACACAUAAGACUACAGAGUCAUAGAGUAGCACAUGAUCUUGAAAUGCACUUUAAUGAGGAUUCUCAGAAACACCUAGGCCCAGACAACAUGUUUUGGCCAUUGUGAAGCACCCUGCUGGCUAAGGUUAACAAUCAAGGCAUAAAUGAAAGCCCACAUGUUUCUCAACACAUGCCAUUUGGUUUUUAUUUUCCUUUAUUUUUUUGUUUUGAAGUAACAGGCGAAAUUGGCUAAAAUUGGGAACCUGUGGGACUCAGUUUGUGCUUUAUACAUCAAUGCAUGGAGGACAUGAGAGACUAUUGAUGGAGGACACUCUGCAUAAUAAUGUAUAGAUGGAGAUGUGGUAUGAACAGAACUAAUAAAAUAGGUCCAAUUUUGGGGAAAUGCAACCUCAAAACUGAUAUUAUGAUUGCAUCAGAUGAACACUUUCUGUUUCCCUUCCACUGUUAAAAUGGUUAGGUUGUGAUGCGCUGUUGUUAAAGUGAAGAUGCCAGUGUCACAUAUUGAUGCAAAAAUGCUGAAUCUUUUAUUUGUAAUGUAUAUUAUUCAAUCAGUAUAAAACUCUCCCAAAUAUGACUGUCCCAUGAGAUUUCUAUCCUUAUGUCAUUUAAUAUGAUGUACUGUAUACUGCAUUGGAACUACAGGUAUCCAACAUUUAUUUUUCAGUUUAUAGGAGGUAAAGAAAAAGGAGACAUAUCUCUCUGAUAUUAACUGCAUUUUAAAAUAGGGUAAACAUCACCAUAUAUUUUUGCUAAUUAUUAACUCAAGAAUGUCAAAACAUGCUUCACAAAGAAGAAAUCAGUCAUCAAAAAUCAUGUUAUUCAAAUGAUAAUGAAUUGCACUGCUCAGAGGCUUUUCCAUUAAUGGACUGAACUGCAUGUUAUAAAUAUACUGACAGUGAUGUCCAUCCCAUCUAUGGGAGAAUAAUUAUAAAAUUCACCUGCUGAGUCUUGCACCUUUGGAAAUUUCCUUUUCUUAGACAACCACUAUGACUGCUCUGUCUGUCAUUUAUAUUACAGUAAUUCUCAGGUACUUCACCAUCCAUUUACCUUGAAAAAUACAAAAACAGUAACUAUUUUACUGGAUUUGAUUCCUGUUUGAAGUCGCAAUAAUUUAUAACACUGCAAAAAUAUUUUUGGAGGAAGAAAGCAGUGUUUCUCUGAAACUUAUGUUACACUUUUCUUCUGCCUUUUCAUUUAAUUAUUUUGGAUUUUCCGCAACACAGACAGUAAAUAUUUAUUAUAUUGUACCUUUUUUGUAACCUAAAUGUAUUAACUUGAUUUAAAUACAUUCUUGAUUUAAAUUAAUUACUGCCAAUACAGCAGGACAUUAAGGAGUGUAGCAUCAUAAAUGUAUAUGUGUUCCCUUGGCAUACAGGGCAGUAAUGAAAGAACAGUUCAAUAGAUAAUGUGCACAUCUAUAUUCAUUCAGCAUAAAACAAUUUAAAAAUGUUACAUACUGCUCAUUCCCUUUUCCAUUACUGGACUGAACUGCAUGUUACUUUUUAGGAUAAUAUAAAGCAUGCAAUGUGUAAACAUUUGGAAUGUUACAUCCAGUUUUCGGCUCCCAACUCCAAACAGGAUAUACAUUCUGUAUAUAGUACCUUACAAAAGGCCAGCUGCACUCAUACCAUGUUUUAAAUGCAUUAGUCUUUGAUUACGAAAUCAGUACAUUCUGUACUGAAAAUAUUCUUUAAUCAAAAGACAGAUUGGUUUUCCAGAAUCAUAUUGUCUGAUUGCCUACCACAAAACACAAGUACAGAUCUGGGAUGAACACAAACAUGUAUAAUCAUCCAAGGCUUCAUACCAUGCAGACAGCCAUGCAGAAGACUGCUAUUCUGAGAAAAUAGAUAGCUAGUCUGAGAAAAAAUUAAUUUGUCCUAUUUUUCACAAAUUUGAUAUAUGACAAUAUUUACAAGUGCAAUUAAUAUCACUUAAUAGGUCUUCUAAAUCCAAAUUCUGUGUUAUGUCCUAGUUACAAUAAUCUUUUUGUCAGAAUCACCAUGUGGCAACAGCCAAGGCUAUUUGGGUAAAUAAUAUUAGUAUAAAGACUGACUCAGCAAGAGAAGUUGACUCCUUUGUAAAAGUCUCUGUUCAGUGUGCAUGACUCCUGUUGUACAUCUUGGUGACACCAGUGAUGUCUCACUCUCAAAAUACAGUAGGUGUCAGAAUCCAGAAUCUGGGUCAGAGCAUCACCUUAGGGAUGGGAUUUGUUAAAUUACGCACAGUGGAAAAUUUGCUUAGGUUCCAGCUGUAGAUUUAACUCCAUUGUUUCGAUUUCAGGUGUGCCUAUUUCUAAAUUCCAGAGUUCAAAGAGUCAGCCUGCUCUAUAGCAUAUCAUUGAAGAUUUAUAAGAAUAUGCACAUGUGUUCUAUUUGGUUUAUCACAUGAUGAAAGGGUGAGAAGGGUUCAGUUCCAUUAGGCAAAAUGAGUGUGUUAAUGGCUGAUUCUAAAUAUACAUAUAUUGAAAGGUGUUUUUGUUAUUUAAUCAUAAAAAUUGAUUGUAGCAUCCCUUACAUUUUAUUUUUCAUUGAUCCACUUGUGCUAUUCAAAAUGAUUUCUUAAUUGCAUGUGUUAACAUUUUUGACAGAUUGGAGAACAUAAAUUGGAGAACAUAAAUGAGCAAAGAUUUACUUAGUUCAAAUUAUGAAAAUCUUUUAGUGUGUCAAGGCUAAAAAAGAUCCUCAUCCUUUUUUGCUUUAAAAAAAUUAAAUGCACUCUGUGUUGCUCGUACCAGUUUCUGAUUUCUUAUGGGAUACCCUAAGAUGGCCUUGUCGCUCAAAGACUAUUGGUGACAAAUCAUUAACCACAUUCAGAUAAACACAGAUUGCACGACAGGCAGUAAAUAACAUAUUGGCUAAAUACUGAGAUACACGUUUAGCCUUUAAGGUAAAUUUUUAAAUAAAUUCAAAAUGUUGUUGUUAAACAGAUAUUCAGGGGUCAAACUGUGAUCUUGCACCUCUACUUUCUGACGUAGUUAUUUAAAUAUACUUUAUGGAGCCUACGGAGCCUCCUUUUGUACACAUCUUUUUUAGCACCCCUCCUACCCCAUUUUCACCCUCGCUGCAUGCUCUCUAGCUAAUUUUUGUGAGGAGGAUUUUGGCAGACUUGACAAUACAUCCAGGGCUGUCAUUUCCUCAGCAGGCGAGUUAGUGCCAGAAACUUCAAAUCUUCCGUAUGUUAUCCCUUUAUACUCAUCAUCUUGUCACAUUAAUUAGGAUUUGAUCAAACUACUGAAACAUGAAAAGAAGUCACUACAUGGACUCCAAGAUAGAAGUGAUGUGAUCAAUUGUGCGUAACUUAGUCAGCGUUCUAGCUGCCAAAUUUUGAACAUUCUGCAAAUUGAGACUCCUGCCAGAAGGGCAUUACAAUAAUCGAUCCUUGAAAACACAAAUGCAUGAAUCAGCUUUUUCACUACAGUUAUAGACAAGAUAUAUCAGAGCAUAAGAAUGUUCCUAAGAUGGAUAAAUGAUGUCAUUACAAAAUUCGGCAGAUGAGGUUCAACAGUGUCAAGCCUUUAAAAAGGUAAUACAUAUUUCACUGUUUUUGAGGAAAUGUUAAUACCUGUACUUGCAGGAAGGUCAUUUGCAAGAUCUCUACUGGAUCAUCACUUAUCACACAGAGAGUUUCUUCUAAGAAACUUUACAUUACGUUUAAAUUAUAUGGGUUUUCAUUCUUAACCAAAUUUAUUGGCAACAUUACCAAUUCACAAACCCCUCCUCAAAGUCUUAUAUACAGCAUUGGGUUAAAUAUGGUGUUUUUGAAAAAAAAAGUACUGGAAUUGUUUUAUUAGAAAUAAGAUUGACUUCUGCUCACCUAUACAUAAAUAUUUUGCCAGCAAGCGCCCCCUUUGCACUGUUUUUUAGCAUCCCUCCUCCUCACCCCAUCUUCACCCUUGCAGCCACUCCCUGCUUCAUUCCUCAUGAAGGGAGUGGGGAAUCAUGGCUCCUUUCUCACAAUAGUGUGUAGACUACCAUUGCUUCAGCCAGGCAAGUCAGACCAAAUUUCAUGAUUCAACCCGGUGUAGCAUUAAUUAGGAUUUGUUUAAACUACUAUUUGGGAAGUUCCUUUCUAGGAGUUAUAGCUUUCAUCAAUUUUUUAAACUUUAAAUCUCUCCAUUGGUAUUCAUGCCUAUGUAAUAAUUGAUAGUCAAAUAUUCCCCCCAUUUUUAUAGUGGGAGAGAAAUGACUAUGACUAUUUUUCUAUGACUACAAUAUAGUGCUAUCUUUGGUAACACUACUUCAUUGGUGCUAUGAAGUUCCAUGUAAUUAUAUUAGCUUGGAUUGUUAAAGAACAAUUGCAUUAAAUAAUUACAGACUUUAAACAUCUUGCAAAAUCAGACUUACCUUAUCCAUCAUAAAUGCUGCGGAUUAUAUAAAUUUAUUAAUUCAAGAAGACUGAAGAACUAUAAGAUCAAUUUGAUACAAAAGGCCUCUUUAAAAUUUGUUCACAAGAAGCACAAUAGUUAUGUGAUUUUUAGGGAAUUUUAAACAAAGGAAGAGGUCAAACCCUAAUCUCACCCACUACCAGCAACCUACUGCAUGAACUGUGUCAAUCUAAUAUUUUAAAAUUACAGUACUAGCUUGUGCAUUUCAUAUUCCAUACCUCAUAAAAUGGAGGGUUCUGUCACCCUUGACCUCGUGGACAGGUUUUUUAUUCCACUCACCAGCUGAGUUCUGUAAAUAAACCAAAAUAAUUCAAAAUACACCUCUAUUCUGUCUUAAAUUAGGGAUUGGCCUAAAUACCAAAUUAAAGCUUCGUAACAGCAAACAAAAUGAAAAGAAAAAACAAUUUUCAAAAAAGCCCCAUGCCAGAUGCUACUCCUGAAGAAGAACAAUUCCCUAUUGCUUGUCUAGCUUUAGUGCUCUGGCAGAAAAAAAGAAGCAAGCAACCCAUGAUUUGUAUUAAACAGAACUUGCUCAUUAAAUAUCUUUCCUUUAUUUUAAUAAAACAUUAUUUUUGCAGAUUCAUAGUUCCAGAUAGUGAACAAAGUAUGUCAGUAUAAUUUUACUAAUCCUGUUAGUAGAAUUUUUUAUUCUUUGUGAAUAUUAAGGAAAGUAUAUUGGGAGCAUGUCUUCUCUUCAAGAUAAAUGUGAAAAAUAUAAUGAGCAUGUCAUAAUGUCAUAACAUCCCAAAUAGGUGUUCUAUGUUACUGUAUAUAUAUAGCAUUCAUGCUCAUUUUACUCUGUCAAGACACUGUAUACCAGGGAAAAACAUUUUCUCAGAGCUAACGUUUUCUUUACAAGUCUUGGUAUUAUAACUUCCUUUCUUUACUACAAUAAGGGAGAGCAAAUGUUCUCAUUUAUAGUUUAAAAACUAUUUAAUUGGGGGGAUAUAUAUCACCAAUAAGCAGCACU